AUGUCCGCCCCCGACCAAGACCAGUCACAACCCUCCCAAUCGAUAAAGGAAUCAUCAUCACAGAUCCAAUCGCAAGACCACGCCGUCCAACACCAACCCGAGACCGAAUCGCAUCCCAGCGGCGCAUCGUCAACAACAACAUCAAUAACGACACCAGAAGUACCAGCAGCACCAGAAUCAACCUCAGCGACGACAGCGCAAUCAUCACAAGACCCAUCACAACAAGCGCAACAAACACAACCACAACCGCCCGCCUCCCCUCCCCUCCCCCAGAAACACACCCCCGCGACGCCCGGCCCCCGCGCGGGACGCUUCAUCCAGCUCUACGACGGCGCUCUCGCCAGCACCCUCCGCAAAGUAAACUACGACAAUUUCGCCUCGUGCUUCCCCACCGUCGCCGCCCACGCGCCGAAUACCCUGCGCAACGUCCAGAAGCAAAUGGUGGAUUACCUCGAGGAGAGGUGUAACAAAGACUUCCAAUCGAUCCUCGCCGACCGCGACGUCAUCCGCAAACUAAACGAGCUAGAAAACCUCGUCAGCGAUGCAGACCGCAGGAGACAAGAAGGCGGCAGCGACGUCGAAGAACCCAUCCCGUACCCCACACGUCCUCCCCCCGACGAAAUCCUAACAGCCCACCUCGCCCCGCGCCUCGCCCCGCAACAAUCGACCCUCAACGCCCGCCUCCAAAACACCCAGGCCUCCAACGAAUCCCUCUUCGCCUCCAUCCAAUCCCAGCGCGCCGAGAUCGACGCCCUCCUCGCCCAGCUCGAGAGCCAGGUCGCCGAUAUCGACGGCGCCAACGCGCUGCUCGUGGACGUCGCGCCCGAGCUGGCGGCGGAGGCGCGGGCUUCCGAGGUGGAGAUGGCAGGUAUGUGA